AUGGGGCACUUUGCUAAGCCGCUCUGCAGGACAGUGACACGCACACACAUGCACACGCCGCGCUCGCUGUGCGAGAGGCACGCGCUUCCCUGUGCCCCUCCAGUGCCUCUGCCGCUCUCCAGGUCCCCAGUGGGCAACCAGGAGGGAGGGGCACGCCCACACCCGCUGUGCGGGGGACUGAGCAGGGCCUCCGAGUGGGGGGCACGCCCUGCCCCAGCCCCGCCCUCUCCAACCCGGCCUCUCCCGCAGGAGGAGAUGCUGCUGCUCCUGCUCCUGCCCCUGCCCCUGCUGCUGGGCCCGGCGCCCGGGGCCUCGGCUCUGAAGGUGAGGAGGCAGAGUGAGAGCUGGGGGCCCUGGGGCAGCUGGAGUCCCUGCAGCCGGACCUGCGGAGGGGGCAUCAGCUUCCGGGAGCGCCCCUGCUACUCCCACAGGAGAAGUGGGGGCUCCAGCUGCUUGGGUCCUACCCGAAGCCACCGCACUUGCCACAUGGAGAGUUGCCCCUCUCGUGCCCGAGACUUCCGGGCGGAGCAGUGUGCGGAGUUCAACAGCCUGGAGUUCCAGGGGAGGCGCUACACAUGGCUGCCCUACUAUGGGGCCCCGAACAAGUGUGAACUGAACUGCAUCCCCAAGGGGGAGAGCUUCUACUACAAGCACAGGGAGGCCGUGGUCGACGGGACGCCCUGUGAGCCUGGCAAGCGGGAUGUCUGUGUGGACGGUCACUGCCGGCUGGUCGGCUGUGACCACCGCCUGGACUCAUCAGUGCAGGAGGACGUGUGUCUGCGGUGUGGGGGCGACGGCACAGCCUGCUACCCCAUCACGGGCACCUUUGAUGCCAAUGACCUCCACAGAGGCUACAACCAGAUGCUCAUCGUUCCAGUGGGAGCCACCAGCAUCCACAUCGAGGAGGCAGCUGCCAGCAGGAAUUUCCUAGCCGUGAAGAGCGUCCGGGGCGACUACUACCUCAAUGGGCACUGGACCAUCGAGGCUGCCCAGGCCCUGCCCGUGGCCAGCACCAUCCUGCACUACGAGCGGGGAGCUGAGGGUGACCUGGCGCCCGAGCGGCUCCAUGCCCGAGGCCCCACCUCCGAGCCCCUGGUCAUCGAGCUCAUCAGCCAGGACCCCAACCCCGGCGUGCACUACAAGUACCACCUGCCCCUGGGCGCCCCCCGAUCCAGCUUCAACUGGAGCCACGGCUCCUGGAGCGACUGCAGCACCGAGUGUGGUGGAGGUUACCAGACCCGCCAUGUGUUCUGCACCAUGGACAGCGAGGCCUACCCAGACCACAUGUGCCAGCACCAGCCUCGGCCCGCCAACCACCGCCCCUGCAACCCUCACCCUUGCCCACAGACCAAGCGCUGGAAGACGGGCCCCUGGGCGCCCUGCUCAGCCUCUUGUGGCGGCGGCUCCCAGUCCCGCUCUGUCUACUGCGUCUCCUCCGAUGGGGCUGGUGUCCUGGAGGCUGCUGAAGAGGCCGAGUGUGCGGGCCUGCCCAGGAAGCCCCCUACCACGCAGGUUUGCAACCUGCAGCGCUGUGCGGCCUGGAGCGCAGAGCCCUGGGGAGAGUGCUCUGUCAGCUGUGGUACCGGGGUCCGGAGGCGGCGAGUCACUUGCCGAGGUGAUGGGGAGUCUCUGCUCCUUGCCACAGCCUGCGCCUCAGAGGAUCAGCCCCCCCUCGCCGAGUCCUGUGUGCGUAGCGACUGCCCCCCUCUCAGCGACCAGGCCUGGCACGUAGGCGCCUGGGGUCUAUGCUCCAAGAGCUGCAGCUCGGGCACGCGGCGGCGCCAGGUGGUCUGUGCUGUCGGGCCAGGCCGCUGCCGGAGCCUGCUGCUGUCGAAGCCUGUGGACGUGGAGCCCUGUAACACGCAGCCCUGCCACCUGCCCCCAGAUGUCCCCAGCGUGCAUACCAGCUCCAGCGACCCCUGGAUGCCUUUGGGCCCUCAGGAGGCCGUGGCCUCAGAUUCUGGAGACCAGCAGGGAGCACCCCAAGAGCAACCCUCAGCCUUGGGUAACCGCAGAGAAGAGCAGGGGCCCCACUUGCAAGCCCGUGUCCCAGGCCCCUCACUGCAACAGUCCCUGCGCCAGCAGCCCCUGUGGUCUGGCUCGGGGGCCCGCGACUGCAGACACAGCCCCCACGGGUGCUGUCCUGAUGGCCGCACUGCCUCUCUCGGGCCGCAGUGGCAGGGCUGCCCCGGGGCGCGGUGUCAUCAGAGCAGGUAUGGGUGCUGCCCUGACGGGGUGUCUGCCGCUGAGGGGCCCCAUCAGGCCGGCUGCAGUGAGAGCGCUGGGAGGAGGCUGGGGUCAAGAGCCGUGGCUUCCACAGCCCAUGAGGGCCGCCAGGCCCAGGCCCAGGCCCAGGAGAAUGAGUCCAGGGAGUGCCGGGGCUCCCAGUUCGGCUGUUGCUAUGACGGCGUGGCCCCUGCGGCUGGCCCUCUCGGGGAAGGCUGUGCGGGCCAGCCUGGCUACGCGUAUCCUGUGGGGUGCCUGCUGCCCAGCGCCCACGGCUCCUGCACAGACUGGGCUGCCCACUGGUACUUCAUCCCCUCCGUGGGUCAGUGUAACCGCUUCUGGUAUGGCGGCUGCCAUGGCAAUGCCAAUAACUUUGCCUCCGAGGAGGAGUGCAUGAGCAGCUGCCAGGGGCCCCAACACAGGCCCCUCCAACCCACACGUGGCACAGCUGGCCAGAGGAUCCACGGAGAUGGUGGUGGCAGCAGCCCUGGAGGUCAUGAGGAGGCCAACAGGCUGAGGACUGAGUUCAUGGCCCAGAGAAAGCCCUUGUCUUCUGGGGGUGUCUGGCGAGACCAACAGCCUGGACCAGGGGAGACCCACCACACCGGGGCCUGGAGCUGGGAGCCCGGUGCCUCCAGAUUGGGCGGAGAUGCUGGGCAGCCUGUGCCACCUUCCCACAGCUCCUCCUACAGGAUUAGCUUGGCAGGCUCAGGGCCCUCCCUGGUGCAGGCGGCCCUGGGGCAGGAGGUGCAGCUCUAUUGCCCGGAUGACACCACCCUGGAUUCUCGUGCUACGUGGCUCAAAGAUGGGCAGCACAUCUCAUCUCACAGACACAGGCAGCAGCUUGAUGGCUCCCUGGUCAUCAGCCCCCUGUGGGCAGAGGACGCAGGCAUCUAUAGCUGUGGCAGCACCAGACCAGGCCAUGACUCUCGGAAGAUCCAGCUUCAUGUCACAGGGAGUGAUGUGGCCAUACUGUCUGCGGCUGAGCCUAGGCACUUCCCUCAGACUAGGGACCCAGCCCAGGGCCACAGUCCUCGGGACUCUGGCCUAGCAGGGGAUGCUCAGGGCCUGGGGGCCGUCGCCUCACACCUAAGGACCACGACCAGGCUGCAUCUGGACCGGAACCAGCCCGGCGUGGUGGAUGCCCACCCAGGACAGCGGGUCCGGCUGACCUGCCGCGCUGAGGGCUUCCCGCCCCCGACCAUCGAGUGGCAGAGAGAAGGGCAGCUGCUCUCUUCUCCCAGACACCAGCUGCAGCCUGAUGGCUCUCUGGUCAUCAGCCACGUGGCUGCUGAAGAUGGUGGCUUCUAUGCCUGUGUUGCUUUCAAUGGGCAGGACCGAGACCAGCGAUGGGUCCAGCUCAGAGUUCUGGGGGAGCUGACCAUCACAGGGCUGCCCUCUACCAUGACGGUGCCAGAGGGUGACACGGCCAGGCUGCUGUGUACGGUGGCAGGACAAAGUGUGAACGUCAGAUGGUCCAGGAAUGGGCUGCCAGUCCAGGCCGAUGGCCACCGUGUUCACCAGUCCCCGGAUGGCACGCUGCUGAUCCACAACCUGCGGGCCAGGGACGAGGGCUCCUACACAUGCAGUGCCUACCGAGGGAGCCAGGCCAUCAGCCGCAGCACGGAGGUGAAGAUGAUCCGGCCAGCACUGGCCACUCAGCCAAGGGACCCCCGCAGGGAAUGCACUGACCAGCCUGAGCUGGCCAACUGUGAUUUGAUCCUGCAGGCCCAGCUCUGUGGCAAUGAGUAUUACUCCAGCUUCUGCUGCGCCAGCUGUUCGCGCGUCCAGCCUCCUGCUCAGCCCAUCUGGCAGCAGGGAUGAAAGCUGGCCUCAGCCCCCAAACAGCUCAGGGCUGGGGCGGAGGACUCUCGCCCUCUCUUCUCUGGCUGAUGAAGGCAGUCAUCUUCUGGAGGCCCUGGCCCUUUCAGCUCUCCCCAUUCCCAAGGGUUUGACCUCAGCAGAACCAGUAGCAGCCCCUCUGUAUCUCGGAGUUGGUGCCACAGGGGACUGUUGAGUUGUCAAGAGUAAGGACAACCUUUACAAUUCCCUCUAUAGAUUUUGUUACAUAGGAUCAGUUCACUGUUUGAAAGCAAGCUGUAAGGGUGGGGAGGCAGUGGGUUCAAAGUUAAUAUCUAUCUCAUCCAGGGAACAGGCAUUUCUGCUGUGCCAGGGAAACAAUCCUUGCUAGAACUAGAUCUUGUCAUCUGGGAUCAAACCAGGGCCCAUUGCCAUGGUGUCUCUCACCCUUGUAGGCAGUUCAGCAACAUUGCCCACCUGUGCUCACGGUUAAUAACAGCAUGUUUGUGAAAGCAUGCAGCAAAGUGGAAGAUAAGGCUCAGUAUAGGGGUUGGGGAUAAAAGAGCAGCAGUUGCAUUAUUAUCUGAGCACAAAAGAACCGGAAAAGCUCCUUACUCUCACCAGGAAGCCCGAAGCCCUUCUCCUGAGGCUGAUACACGCAGCCUGGCCGCAGGGUCAUCACCCCUGGAUCGAGCUGAUGGGUCUGCUCUGUACAGUGGCUAUGGAGGAGCCUCUCCUCCUCAAGUAGGAAUCUGUGAAGCAAAAUGUUUGUUGCCAGAUAAAAACCAGACUUACUAAAUACAGCAUCAGUAGGACUGGGGUGCCAGUGGGGAGGAGGGCAAUGUAAUAGCGAUUUCACAAGCUUCUGAGCACCUUUCCAUUUCAAACUUUACGCAGCCUCCAGAGGACUGACAGGGCCUAGCAACAAAGGUUAUUCUUGGACACAGGAAAGACAGGCAUUAUAGGGGCUAAAGCUCUGAAAGGUGACUUAAUACCAACACACUGGCUGGAAAAGAGAGCGACUGCAUCAUGGGUGAGUGAUAGUGCUUGGUCGGCUUCUCACCAAUGAGUUUUUUUCUUUCAUUAAAAAAAAAAUCAACGAACAUCCCCUUUCAUUUAGUAUGGCGAGUUUUGCUAUAGAAAUUAGAAAGUAAGACUCCCCACAUUUUAAAUUAAUUCAGUAUUUGGCCAGUUGGCAACCCACCUCAGAAAGUAAGGUUGAGGUUAGCGAACUCUUCUUAGAACUAGUCACAAAAGAGUGAGCUAAGAAGGUUAGAGGUGGGAUUCACUCUAGAAUAGUGGUUCUCAAUCCUCUUCCAUGCUGGGAACUUUUUAAAAGCUGAGAAAUCUCCCCAGAGAUUUUGAUUUACUUGCGCUCAAGCGUGGGCUAGGCAUGAUGAUUUUAAAAGCUCCUCAGGUAAUUCUAAUAUGGAUCUAAUCAGUGCUUCAGUCCAGGCUUCUCAGCAUAAGCAUCUUGUUCAAAUGCAGGCUCUGACUAGGUCUGGGGUGGGGCUCAGAUUUGGCAAGAUUUGGCAUCUCUAAUCAGCUCCUGGUCAGUCAAGUCCAGGCUGCUGUUCCAGACCACACUUUAAGUAGCAAGAGUCUGAUGUUAGAGGUGUACUCAGGAUCAACCGAAGCCUAAAAGUAUAAACAAAAUAUUAAUUUUAGAAUAUACUAGUCCCGAUAAAAGAUAUUCUAGCCUCUGAACUAUCUGAGAUCAGUAGCAGCAAAAUGGACACCAAAACCAACAAGAACUAAAAGUAUUCACUUGCUAAUAAAGAAAAGGGGAACAGAGCAGCCCCUCAUGGGCAAAGGCUUCUACCAUGAACAUUUAUUUUUGUUAAAGCAGAUUAUAAAUUCUCAUCAGUACAAAUAUAUAUAACUUACAUUUGAUUGUAAGGCCAACGUUCAAAAGUAAAAAUGAGAUGGGAUCUCAUGUCGUUACCAGAGGUCAAGUGGCAGCAACUGGCAAUGGGGCACUCUGCACACAGGAAGGGCAGACAGGGACACACACAGCUAGUAAAACCCGGAUUUUCAUUCCCACUAAAUGCGUGGGAACAAAGAACAAAACAAAACUCACCAAGACCCACAUGACAAACCAACACAGUAACCUGCAUUCCCGUCUAUGAUUAUGUCAUUGUCACCUUAGUGUUAAAGGAUUAACGUAAGGAAAAUGUAGCAAUACAUAAAAGGAAAUACAUAUUUUCUAUAGAGCAUAUUUAGCUUGAUUCCAUUAAAAUAUUAGAAUUUCAUUGGUUUAAAACCAGGACAAUACUGCUCUUUCAUUUUCUUUAUUUAAACUACACCCUAGUGACUGUACUGGUCAUAAGCAUGAUUGUGUUGCAAUGCGCUACUUACAAUGGACGACACCAAAUAAGCUAGGGAUCCUGUCUGCAACGUCUAGCCUGCCCUUUUUACCGCAAUAGGCAUCAAUGAUAAAUCAAUCUUAUGUACAAUUUCUUACACCUAACCCUUUUACCUUUGGCAAGAUUACUUACACCUCAUACAAUUUUUUAAUAUUGAGAACUAUUUAAAAUAUUCUAAAUGCAUAAAAAUAAAGAUUU